AUGUCGACCGACAUGCAAGAAGCUUCGAUAAUUGAGGAUAUAUUGUUUGUCUUUAUGGGCUUUGAAGGACAAUAUAUCCGCUUCAAAGAUGAAUACAACCCCGCCAACGAAACCGACCGCCUUCUAGGACCCCAAUAUAAGCUAGCGCCAGGGCUGGACCCGUCGUUGCGAGAUCUCACCAUGACCAUGUUGAAGAUGGCCACGUUCUAUGGUGGCGUGGAUGCGUUUGUGGAGGUGCAAUCGAGAGAGGAGUUUGGAGUUGUCAACCACGCGCUUAGUGCCGCGAUACGGAAACUGUUGAAUGAGUACCUUGUGCUGAUAGGCCAAUUCGAACACCAAUUCCUCACCAAUCCCUCGUUUACUCUGCACAUGUUGCAUCUGCACACCAUGCCGACAUCACACAUGCUUGCACAGUUGUACUCACUAGCCAAUGAGAUACUGAAAAAGAACUCAAUGCUCGAGGAUGAUGAGGACGACUCGAUGGAUGAUUUCGACGAUGUCGAUAAUAUUAUUGAGGCGCUGAGGGAGGGCAACGACGGGGCUGCACUGCCGGGUUCGAAAAUAUGUAGGGGUGGUUCUGUGCUGGCGCUGCUGACGGAAAGGUUGAAGGCCAUGGCUGGAGACCCGGCGGCGAAGACACUGCUGAGCUUAUUGUUACGAGAAGCAUCACGCCCGUACAUGAGCAUGUUGAACGAGUGGCUUCACAAGGGGAUGAUACACGAUCCGCACUCGGAAUUCCUCGUUAAGGAAGCAAAGAGCAUCCGGCGAGAAAGAUUGGAGGAGGACUAUACGGAUGAAUACUGGGAGAAGAGAUAUACCGUGAGACUGGACGAUGUCCCACCGCAGCUCGAGAAUGUCAAAGACAAAGUUCUGCUGGCCGGGAAGUACUUGAAUGUUGUGAGGGAGUGUGGUGGUGUGGAUGUAAGCAAAGAGAUGACCGAUGUUCCUAGAACAUUUGAGGAUAUCAAGUUCUUGGAAAACGUCAAUUCUGCCUACGCUCAUGCAAAUGCAUCACUACUGGACCUGCUCUUGACCACCCACGCCUUGCCCGCACGCCUCAGGUCGCUGAAGCACUACUUCUUCCUCGACCGUGCGGAUUUCUUCCAUCACUUUCUCGAGAUGGGCCAUACGGAGCUUCAAAAGCAAGCAAAGAAGGUCAACGUCUCGAAGUUGCAAUCUCUGUUCGACUUGGCGCUCCGUCAACCUGGAUCCAUUGCAGCGUCAGAUCCGUUCAAGGAGGAUGUCAAAGUCAGUAUGAACGAAGUAGACCUGACGAAAUGGCUGAUGCGGGUUGUCAACGUGUCGGGUGUUGAAGAAGGAGCCAUGUCGUUGGAUGCUACCUCACAUGUCGCUUCCACUAGCGCCGAUGACAGACCUAUCACUGGACACAAUGCGUUGGAGUUGGAUUAUAGAGUACCGUUUCCUCUAUCACUUGUCAUCUCUCGGAAAACAGUACUACGAUACCAGUUAUUGUUCCGACAUCUGUUGUCACUGCGGCAUUUGGAAAGCCAGUUAUGCUCGGCUUGGAGGGACCACACGUCCGUCUAUACAUGGAAGCAUAGAUCGAAAUAUCCCGAGGUCGAGAGCUGGAAACGUAGAGCAUGGACAUUGCGAGCGCGGAUGCUGGUAUUUGUGCAACAGCUCUUGUACUUUUGCACUAUGGAGGUAGUGGAACCAAAUUGGUCGAAGCUGAUGAAGCGACUGGACGAGGUCAAGACGGUGGAUGAGCUCAUGCAACACCACGUUGAUUUCUUGGAUACCUGUCUCAAGGAGUGCAUGUUAACGAACGCGAAGCUGCUGAAGAUCCACGCGAAGCUCACCACAACAUGUGCUAUGUUCUCCUCGUACACCGCAUCCCUCUCCCGCUCCCUCAUCACUGCCGACCCGGAACUAGCCUCGCCAUCCGCGCGGUUCGAGGAGGGCGCGAAGGAUGUCCCCUUUGAUCCCGAGAACAUGGUCAAGCUCAACGAGAACCUUGGGAAGUACGAACACAACUUCAGCCGGCACUUGAAGAUCUUAUUGGAUGCUCUCAACUACUUUGCUGCUACUGAGACGGUCGUGUUGUUGAGUCUCUGUGCUCGGCUGCAGAUGGCGCAGACCAGUAACGAGACGGCGGCGCAGGGGUUUGUUGCUGUUGCACGAUAA